GGGGCGUUGAGCCCAGCUGAACCAUCCGGGCGGCCCUAGCUGCCAUGGCCCUGGAGGCCCAGCGGUUGGGGUGCAGACCCUACUCUGCUGGGUAGCAGGCUGCUUUACCCACCAAGCCUCCAAAAAGGGGGUUGUCAGGCGCCUCUUCCCGGCCCAGUGUGGGAUGUGAGCUGCGUGUAAAGCGCCCAGUGCAGCCACACCCGCAACUAGCCCUGGCCAGGUGUCAGCCGUGGCCAGGUGUCUGCCGUGGGCAAGUGUCAGCUGUGGACAGGUGUCUGCCCUGGGCAGGUGUCAGCUGUGGCCAGGUGUCCGCCGUGGGCAGGUGUCAGCUGUGGCCAUGUGUCUGCCGUGGCCAGGUGUCUGCCGUGGGCAGGUGUCUGCCCUGGGCAGGUGUCAGCUGUGGCCAGGUGUCCGCCGUGGGCAGGUGUCAGCUGUGGCCAUGUGUCUGCCGUGGCCAGGUGUCUGCCGUGGGCAGGUGUCUGCCGUGGGCAGGUGUCAGCUGUGGCCAGGUGUCUGCCGUGGGCAGGUGUCAGCUGUGGAACAGGUGUCUGCCAUGGACAGGUGUCUGCCCUGGGCAGGUGUCAGCCGUGGCCAGGUGUCUGCCCUGGGCAGGUGUCAGCCGUGGCCAGGUGUCUGCCCUGGGCAGGUGUCAGCUGUGGCCAGGUGUCAGCUGUGGCUAGGUGUCAGCUGUGGACAGGUGUCAGCCAUGGACAGGGGCUCUGCUGUUCUCCACAGCGCCCUGUAUUUUUCUGGGUCUCCGCCUCCUGUGAGUGGGUGGGGACUGUCGGGUUGCCCAGAACUGCCCCAGUUCACGCUUCGCAAUCAGCAGCAUCCCUCUCACUCUCAGAAGUGCCCCGUUUGGCGGUACGUUCCUCCGAUGAUGGCCCUGUCCGUCGUCGUAGCGGAUAAGCAGCCCUGGAGAGCUCCUUUGAGGUGGUGGCUUCACACGGCUGUGCCUGGAUCCCUGUCAAGCAGGAGGGCCCGAGGCUGAGGGAUCCGGCAGCCGAGCGUGAGGACAGACCCAGCGAUGACCAGUUCCCCCGUCUCCAGAGUCGUCUACAACGGCAAGAGGAACAGCAGCCCCCGCUCGCCCCCCAGCAGCAGCGAGAUCUUCACCCCGGCCCACGAGGAGAAUGUGCGCUUCAUUUACGAAGCCUGGCAGGGCGUGGAACGGGACCUUCGGAGCCAGAUCUCGGGCAACGAGAGGGGCCUGGUGGAGGAGUAUGUGGAGAAGGUCCCUAACCCCAGCCUGAAGACCUUCAAGCCCAUCGACCUGAGCGACCUGAAGCGCCGCAGCUCGCAGGAUGCCAAGAAGUCGUAAAGCCCGCGGGGGGCCUCUGGG